AUGUCCUCCGCUGUCCUCAGGCAGGCCGCUAUCGCCGCUCGCUCGGCUUCGCGCAAGUGCGCUUUUUCCACGUCUGCGGUCGCACGGAAAGACCUUAUCCAGGAGCUUUACAUCAAGGAGCUCAAGGGCUACAAGGCUCCCCCUCCGCCCAAGGACGCUCACGUCGGCGUCGUCAAGAACUACUCCCUCCCGCCUGCGCCCCAGGCGCCCGCACUUCCCGCUGACCUCGCGGGCGAGCUUUCCGCAUGGGACGCAGCCGAGCCUACCUUCGCCGCCGCGUCUGCGAAGCCUGCCGAGGGCGAGAUCACGGGCCCGACUGGUGCUGAACAGUUCCUCGCGUUCUUGGAGGCGGACGAGCCGAAGCACGACGAGGCGCACCACUAG